AGACAUUGAAAUCCUUGAAAUAAGAACACUUGCAAGCGCUGCGUGUUCUUUCUCUGUAGAGCUUUGUAGAGGAACGAAGUCAUGGAGCUGCGACGCCUUCGUGUGCUUUGCCUCCACGGCCAUGGUGACAAUUCUCGCCAGCUCCAAGCUCAAUUGAGCGCUGUCAAAUGGGACGAUUCGGUGCUAAAUCUUCUCGAUCUGAGUUUCCUGGAUGCUCCUUUUCCAGUGAUCGAUGGCGAAAAGAGAAACUUUGCGCCACCAUAUCUCGAGUGGUUUAGAGGCAACAAGGAAAUGACCAUUGUAGAUUAUAAGUCAUUCGAACAAGGCAUUUCAUGCAUCUCUCGAUACAUGAAAAAAUGCGGUCCUUUUGAUGGAUUACUGGGAAUGUCCUUGGGAGGUAUUGUUGCUGGGGCGUUGGCUGGAAUGCAACAAACCAAGAAAUCUAUCCUUCCGACCGAGCUAAAAUUUGUAAUUAUAAUAUCUGGAGGAAUUAUUCGAUGCCAGCCACUAUGUAAAGUAUAUGAUCACCCCAUACAUUGUCCAUCUUUUCAUUUGAUUGGCGAGCUAGAUACCAUAUUUAAGUCAAGUGGAGAAGAUCUGGCAAAAAAGUUUGUGAAACCAGUUAUUAUAGUUCAUCCUUAUGGCCAUUGCUUGCCUCCACUCGACAAUGCCUCCACUGUAAGCCUUGUUGAGUUUCUACAAGAUAUUAUUAAGGAAAACGUUAUGAUUGAGAUUAAAGAACACAGUAAAUCAUCCUUGCUCAUAGUGGCAACUGCAUUUUGUAUACUGGUGUUCCUCUACUUCAUCUUUGUAUGGAACUUCUAAGCUUAAUAAACAAAUUUGCCUGGA